AUGCGCUACCACGAUGCGCUGCUCUUUUCAUGUGCGAGCUUAGCGCUCCUUGCUGCAGCUAAGCCACAGGGCGGCACUACCACCAAGGUGGUGACUGCAACACUUCCUGGAGUUGGUACGGCUACUAUGCCUGCUUCAGACGCCGAAGCCAGUGGCAGCACAGGAGUCGCUGGUGUGGGCUCGGGUACAGUUUCCGCAAGCGACGCUGGUGCCGCAGAUAUAGUAGCAGCUGGUGCAGGUAGUUCCGCCCCUGGCAGUGGUACUGGCUCCGCUGCAAGCCCAGCCUCAGGAGCAGCAGGUGCAGGUGCAGGUACAGGAUCAGCCGCUGGAACCGGCCCACCAAGUGGUAUGGAUGCAGGGGGAUGGUCCGAAGAAGAUUUCCCAGGCAAGGGUGAAUGGUCUGGCAAGGUCGAUUGGAGCGAAUAUGCCAAGCACUGGAUAGAAGGCCAUCCUGAUGGCUGGAAGUCUCGUGCAGGUGGUCAAGGCCAAGGCGAUAGUGGUGUCGAUGCUGGCACUCGAAAAGCCAGUGGUCCACCCGCAGGCGCAGGUGCAGGCUCAGCAAAACCUUCCGGCACAGGCGCCCUUCCCCCAGUAGGCACAGGAUCCAUGCAAGACAAACGCAACCUACGCCGCCACCCCCGAUCAUUCCGCGGCGGUUCCCGACCAGACUCAAGCACGAAACCAGGCCAAGGCCAAGGUCAAGGCCCAGACCAAAGCCACGACGAACACGACGACAACCACCACCCCCUUGACAUCGACAUGAGCGACUUCCACCACCAAAAGCGCGACUUCGCCCGCAGUGGCCCAAGCUGGAGCAGCAUCCUCUCCGACAUCCACGGUGAUUCGCUCAAGAAACGACACAUGGAGUACUCUGGCUCAAACCUCGAUCAACAACACGAAGGAGAUAGAGCUGGUCCAGGAAUGGGAUAUAGCUAUGGUGGUAGAGGUGAUGGUGGCCAUUAUAAGCGGGACUUGCCGGCUGGUCAUGUUGCGGGUGGUCCUGGUUGGUGGGCGAGGGAGAAGGGGCAUAAAGCAGUUGCAUGA